AGUAUAAAUACGCUGCGCUUCGGUGUAUCAACUAUCAGUUUCUGCAAAUCUGCAGUACUUACAUAUCCUGAGGAAGCCAGUGAGGUGCAAAUAUAACGUACUACUGAAUGAAAUAAGCUUCCACCAUGAAGAGUCUGUUAAUCCUGACAAUUUUUGCCAUCGCCUGUACGGCGAUGGUAACAAGCGAGAAUAUGGAGGGGCCACCUGGUCCACCUCAUCCGCGCUUACGUCGUGAAGCUGAUCCGGAGCCAGAACCCGGAAACUUUAAGCCAGUACCCAGUAGACCUAGACCAGUAUAUAUACCCAAACCUCGCCCACCACAUCCUCGUCUCCGCCGUGAAGCUGAUCCGGAACCUGAACCCGCAUUAAAUAGGCCAGUAUACGUUCCACCACCUCGUCCACCGCAUCCUCGUCUUCGACGUGAAGCUGAUCCGGAACCUGAACCCGCAUUAAAUAGGCCAGUGUACGUUCCACCACCUCGCCCACCGCAUCCUCGUCUUCGACGUGAAGCUGAUCCGGAACCUGAACCCGCAUUAAAUAGGCCAGUGUACGUUCCACCACCUCGUCCACCGCAUCCUCGUCUUCGACGUGAAGCUGAUCCGGAACCUGAACCCGCAUUAAAUAGGCCAGUGUACGUUCCACCACCUCGUCCACCGCAUCCUCGUCUUCGACGUGAAGCUGAUCCGGAACCUGAACCCGCAUUAAAUAGGCCAGUGUAUGUUCCACCACCUCGUCCACCGCAUCCUCGUCUUCGACGUGAAGCUGAUCCGGAACCUGAACCCGCAUUAAAUAGGCCAGUGUAUGUUCCACCACCUCGUCCACCGCAUCCUCGUCUUCGACGUGAAGCUGAUCCGGAACCUGAACCCGCAUUAAAUAGGCCAGUGUAUGUUCCACCACCUCGUCCACCGCAUCCUCGUCUUCGACGUGAAGCUGAUCCGGAACCUGAACCCGCAUUAAAUAGGCCAGUGUACGUUCCACCACCUCGUCCACCGCAUCCUCGUCUUCGACGUGAAGCUGAUCCGGAACCUGAACCCGCAUUAAAUAGGCCAGUGUACGUUCCACCACCUCGCCCACCGCAUCCUCGUCUUCGACGUGAAGCUGAUCCGGAACCUGAACCCGCAUUAAAUAGGCCAGUGUAUGUUCCACCACCUCGUCCACCGCAUCCUCGUCUUCGACGUGAAGCUGAUCCAGAACCUGAACCCGCAUUAAAUAGACCAGUGUACGUUCCUCCACCGCGCCCACCCCAUCCGCGUCUACGUCGUGAAGCUAGCCCGGAGCCAGAACCUGGAAAAUCUAAGCCAAGACGCAAUAACUCUAAGCCUAAACCAGUACAUAAACCAGCGCAGAAACCUAAAUCAGCACCAAGUCCAAAACCUCGCCCGCAUCCUCGCAACUGAAUCGGUGUCUAAGGAUAAACUCUGGGAGUGAUCACAUUCUCUCGUGAUGACGUUACAAUGAAUAAUUGUUGAAUGACAUUGUACUUAGUUAAUAAUAUAAGUAAAAAACUGUAUUAAAAAUU